UGUCCGGGCGCCGCGAGGGAUCAUGUCUACAGCCUCCGCCGCCUCCUCCUCUUCUUCGUCUUCGGCCGGUGAGAUGAUCGAAACCCCCUUCCAGGUCCUCAACUUUGAAGAGAUCGACUACAAGGAAAUCGAGGUGGAAGAGGUUGUUGGAAGAGGAGCCUUUGGAGUAGUCUGCAAAGCCAAAUGGAGAGCAAAAGAUGUUGCUAUUAAACAAAUAGAAAGUGAAUCUGAGAGGAAAGCCUUUAUUGUAGAGCUUCGGCAGUUAUCCCGCGUGAACCAUCCUAAUAUUGUAAAGCUAUAUGGAGCUUGCUUGAAUCCAGUGUGUCUUGUGAUGGAAUAUGCUGAAGGAGGCUCUUUAUAUAAUGUGCUGCAUGGUGCUGAACCAUUGCCAUAUUACACUGCUGCCCAUGCAAUGAGUUGGUGUUUACAGUGUUCCCAAGGAGUAGCUUAUCUUCACAGCAUGCAGCCCAAAGCUUUAAUUCACAGGGACCUGAAACCACCAAACUUGCUGUUGGUUGCAGGGGGGACAGUUCUAAAAAUCUGUGAUUUUGGUACAGCCUGUGACAUUCAGACUCACAUGACCAAUAACAAAGGGAGUGCUGCUUGGAUGGCACCUGAAGUUUUUGAAGGUAGCAAUUACAGUGAAAAAUGUGACGUCUUCAGCUGGGGCAUUAUCCUUUGGGAAGUGAUAACACGUCGGAAACCUUUUGAUGAGAUUGGUGGUCCAGCAUUCCGUAUCAUGUGGGCUGUUCACAAUGGUACUCGGCCACCACUGAUCAAAAAUUUACCUAAGCCCAUUGAGAGCCUGAUGACUCGUUGUUGGUCUAAAGAUCCUUCUCAGCGCCCUUCUAUGGAGGAAAUUGUGAAAAUAAUGACUCACUUGAUGCGGUACUUUCCAGGAGCAGAUGAGCCAUUACAAUAUCCUUGUCAGUAUUCAGAUGAAGGACAGAGGAACUCUGCCACCAGUACAGGCUCAUUCAUGGACAUCACUUCUACAAAUACCAGUAAUAAAAGUGACACUAAUAUGGAGCAAGUUCCUGCCACAAAUGACACUAUUAAACGCUUAGAAUCAAAAUUGUUGAAAAAUCAGGCAAAGCAACAGAAUGAAUCUGGACGUUUGAGCUUGGGUACCUCCCGUGGGAGCAGCAUGGAGAGCUUGCCCCCAACCUCUGAGGGCAAGAGGAUGAGUGCUGACAUGUCUGAAAUAGAAGCAAGGAUAGCUGCAACCACAGCCUAUUCCAAGCCUAAAAGGGGCCACCGUAAAACCGCUUCAUUUGGCAACAUUCUGGAUGUCCCUGAGAUCGUCAUAUCAGGCAACGGGCAACCAAGACGGAGGUCCAUCCAAGACUUGACUGUUACUGGAACAGAACCUGGUCAGGUGAGCAGUAGGUCAUCCAGUCCUAGCAUCAGAAUGAUCACUACCUCAGGACCAACCUCAGAAAAGCCAACUCGAAGUCAUCCAUGGACCCCUGAUGAUUCCACAGAUACCAAUGGAUCAGAUAACUCUAUCCCAAUGGCUUAUCUCACACUGGAUCACCAAUUACAGCCUCUAGCACCAUGUCCAAACUCCAAAGAAUCUAUGGCAGUGUUUGAACAGCAUUGUAAGAUGGCACAAGAAUAUAUGAAAGUUCAAACAGAAAUUGCAUUAUUAUUGCAGAGAAAGCAAGAACUAGUUGCAGAACUGGACCAGGAUGAAAAGGACCAGCAAAAUACAUCUCGUCUGGUACAGGAACAUAAAAAGCUUUUAGACGAAAACAAAAGCCUUUCUACUUAUUACCAGCAAUGCAAAAAACAACUAGAAGUCAUCAGAAGUCAGCAACAAAAACGACAAGGCACUUCAUGAUUCUCUGGACCUUUAAAUUUUAACAUAUGCAAAGAAAGACUUUUUUUUUAAAGGAAAGAAAAACCCUUAUAAUGACAAUUCAUGAGUGUUAGCUUUUUGGUGUGUUCUGAAUGCCAACUGCCUAUAUUUGCUGCAUUUGUUUCAUCAAUAUUUGCCUGUUCUCAUGGUGGAUAUGCAGUUAAACUGUCUCUUUGCAUAAUAUUAGGGCAUCUGAGACUUGAAUAAGCGGCCGUCUCAACUUCAAAACAGAUGCCAUGAAUUGUGGCUGUAUGUGCAUGCUCAUUGUGUGAAGUCUAGGCUAAUGAAAAUGGGGUAUCCAGCUGCUAUGUGCAACAUUGUCUUUUUUUUUUUUUUUUUCCAUAUUAGAGGUGGAACCUCAAGAAUUAUUUUAUUCUUGUAUGUCAUCUCAAAAAAUUAAUAAUUUUAUUCCAAAAGAUGGUAUAUACCAAGGAAAGACAGGGUAUUAUAAUUCUAGAAUAAUUGGUGGUACAUCACAGAAAUAUAGAACCCUUAGGGAUCGUUCCAUGAGGGUCUUGGAUCAGUACUGAACUCAGUUCCAUCCAUAAAAUAUUUAAAGGUAAGUGGCGGCUGCCAUAUUUAAGAAAGGAAUUUUACCUGGUUUCACUAGACUAAAAUUUGAUUAUGGUACAUUGAACAAAGUGGAACUUUUUUUAAGGAGCAAAGAUUUUUAAUUCUGUGAUUGUGUGUUGAAACAGUAAAGCUUUUUUGACGUUAAUAUUAAUCUCUUAAGUGAAAUUGAAAGGCAAAUGAACCAUGAUCCAGCUUAAAUGAUCAUUAUUUCCUGUAAUUAUUAUUGGACUGUUUUACUGUAUAUUUGAAAAACUGAAGAGAAAUAAUGGAAAAUGGAAGUUACUGCUCCAGCUAAAAGGCUUGAGCUUAGAUUUUUUUUUCAUAAUAUCAAAUGAGGAAUAAAACUGGCAAAUCAGGGAACCAGCUAGUAAGGAAGUUAAAGAAGUAAAUAUAAAUUCAUCAAGUAUCCUACUUAUCCUAGAUAUCUGAAUAAUUGAUUUUCCUUGUAAUCCCAUCCUAGAAUGCCUGCUGCCUUUCAACACUUUUAAGAGAACAUAUCAACAGUUAUAAAGAGAAAUUUUAUAUUGUAACAAGUAUCUUUGCUACCAGCUCGAAAAUAACUUAAAAGUAAUAAAACUUCAUUGAA